AUGGCGUUGGACGGUCUCAGUUACUUGUCAGCAGAUUAUCCGGCAGUUGUUGGAAGACCGAGAUCUCCGAGACGAAGCCCAAGGCUAAGAAUGAAUGAAGAAGAUGAAGACGAAGUAGAUAAAGAAAGAUCUUCGCGAAAUGUUGGGAUAAGGGCACCGAUCAUUGGCUAUGAAGUGAUCGAUCAACGACAAAAAUUUACGGUACGUUUGCAAUCCUAAUUCCUUAAUUUCAAGUUUUUGUCGACCGUUGGUGUAAAAAGAAUAUCAGAAACAUAUAGUCAUUGCCUUUAUAUGCAAUAAUUUUGUUUUCGCAAUUCGGCGACAACGCUGUUUUGGCAGUUUUGGUUUAAUGUUUAUGUAUGAGGCGCGUGACUUCGACCUAUGAUGAUCUUGCAUGCUAUUCACAAAUAAUUUAUGCGCUUUUGCCAGGAUAUACAAUGUAACAAUUUUCUGCUCUCUAAUACUUAUGAAAUUAUCUCUUAAGCUAUUUUUGCAUCGUAUUGUUUGGUCAUUUUCUUUUUGCUUUAAAGUUGUUGCCGAAUAGAAGUGCAUGCAUGACCAGCUAAAAAACAACUUUGUUUUUGAUUUAAAUAUGAAAUAAAUGGUCAGACACUACACGGCGCUAAUUUACAGAAUGUAAAGUAAGCUAAGAAGCUUAGACUAUUCCAAAUGUCUUAGUCUGGAUAUUGUUUGCGUUUCAUAAAGCACUUAAUGCCUGGAUAUUGUUCAUGUUUUCCGAGGAAGUUGAAGUGGUUUCACCCUUGACUGGGUUUUUUUCUUUGACGUAUUGAACUGAAGUUAAAUUAUGCAAAACUUUAAAUCAAUGUAUGAACUUUGGAAAAAGUAUUAUUUACCUACUGCCGUUUGCAAAUUUUUUAUAAAUGAGAUCAAAUGUAUAGUCCGGUUAUCUGAAUCCACAAAUAUUAAAUGGGAUCGAUAUCAUUUUUGUUCAUUUUCUUGCUUUUUAAAAGUAAAUGGCAGUAAGAGUGAAAUCUUACAAUGAUACAAGGACAAAUAGCUAAAUUAAAGCUUGUACAUUUUCGAGUCAAUGCGAAGAUGAGCAUGCAUAGCCUCAUUAAAUGCAAACAUUGUUUCAACAUUUCAAUUGACCAAGGGUUUCAUUAAGUACCCAAGAUCGGAUAAUUCUCCGUCUUCUAUGCAUAAUUAUCUGGCAAAAUUUCAAUGAAGUAUGGCUAUUUUUUAUUCUGACGAAUCAGACGUGGAUACGUUAUGUAGAAGGAAAUUAUUUCCAGAAAUGGGUAAUUUUAACGCUUAGCCACUUGCUUUACAUUGCUAAAUAAAUAACAAAUACAUGAAAGACCUUAUUUUUAAACCUAAUGAAACUAACAGGAAACGUGUAAAAUAUUAGACUGUUUGCUGAAGCGUGGAGAGUUGACUGUAUGCAUGACGCUUUUUUAUUUUCAUGCAAAUCCAAAUUUUGAGAUUUUUCUUUUUUAACGUUGACUUCUAAAACGGUACGUAUAUUGUAACUGAGAGGAAACAAAGAAGAAAUAUUAAUCAAUAUUUGACAAAUUGUCUGUUAAACUGGACAGGCAAAGUUUUACGCUGAGAGCGAAUUUGUGUAAAUGUGUUCUAGCUGGCGCAAGCACAUGUGAUGCCGACAUAGGCGGGAAAAAUUUCUCACGGCUUGUGCUUUCACUAUUUAAAAUAUCCUAAAAAUAUUGAAUUGAAGAUAUAGUGUAUUGAGAAUUAUUUUAUUUUCUAUCUUUGCUAUGUUUGGUAUUUAAUAAGAUACUGCCACAUGUCACAAGUCUAGGAGUGUGUAACAGGGAAGUUGAUCGUAAUUUAACAAUAUGUCUGGUAAUUCGAAGAAAAAAUGUUUUGAAACCAUGUAGAGGUAUGCAGUGUUUUUUGCCCGGCAGCUACGAGAAAUAAAAUUUGCUAUCAGACAAUAGGAAAAGGCAUCUCAGUGGGGUUUAAAGUGCGAAAUUUCCAGCCUCAUUUUCAACCUCUUUGUGGGAAAGGGCAUUGCUCUUUCAAAAUAUUCUCCUGUUACUUUACACUAUUCUCCUGCUACUUCAGUUCUUAAUGAAACCCCUGAAUUGAUGAAAUUGGCCCAGUUUUUUCGAAAGUUGGAUAACUAGUGCUCUCCACCAGAUAAAUCGCAAUCCAGUAAAUAAUUAGUAUUGCAAAAACCAAUAUAGUGUUAUAUAAUACUAGAUAGUGAUUUAUUGACAGUGGAUAGCUCUAUCCACUUUUUUAACAACUGGAGCCUGGAAGGUUAUUGUGAUAUACUACCAGUAAUGGCCUGUCAUGAAAAUACAUCAGCACUGGUUGCAGUUAUCCGCAGUUGUUCAAAAAGGGUAUAUAUAACGCUACUCACUGGUGGAUACAUCUCUAUAAUGUAUAAUGCAGUAAUUGGCUUCCCUAAUACUCAUCUUCUGAAUAACAAUUUAUCCGGCGUUGAUAGGGAUCUAACUGUUUGAACACCUCGGACCUUAAAAAUUAACAGUUCUUGCUACAACCUUAUCCAUUCCAUUGGCUGUCCAAAUUUCAAAUUUCUUACAGUAUCUUAUCUACAAACUCUUAAUCUCUUCUCUGUUGUGUAGUUGCAUGCAACCCAUCUUUGUGUUGUUUGACGCCAUUUCUGCUGUCCUUUGUCGCUGUUUCAAGGCCUUGUCUCUUGUUGGAUUUAACUUAAUGGGGCCUCUUAUCUAAAAUUAAUGAUAGUGUUAAAAUGAGGUUGAAGUUGACACAGUUCUCUUGCUUUUCUUAUUGACAAUGAAAAUCCACCUCAGUGGAGGGUUUGUCUCAUAAAAGUCCUCUUUCACUUACAAUAAAUAAAUAUAACCAUUUAGAAUUACAUUAUAGUGUAGACUUGAACAUUUAUUUUUUCUUUUCAAGGUCUUUAAAAUUGAAGUUAAAAGCUCGCAAAGAAGCUGGUUUGUCUUUCGCCGAUACACUGAUUUUACACGACUCAAUGACAGAGUAAGUCAAGAUAAAUAAUUAUUAUUUAUAGCUAAAAGCCUCUUAUCCAACAGUCUUCAUGACAUUACGCCUUUGCAAAUGACUCCAGUUUAAAGUAAUAUUAUUCCAACAGCUUUUCGAUUUAUUAUUCUAUCAGUGAGAUACGGUAAUGAUACUGAGCACUACAUGCAUGCUCCGUGCAUAUGCCCUCCUUACACUUGCUCACUUGCCCUUACCCAAAUUGCAAGCUGUAAAACUGACUUUUCACCCUGAAUUUAGUGUUUUUAAUGUUUUUCUUUUUUAUGAUGUUAUAGUUGAAAGAUGCAUAUCCAAACUUUCAAAUUAAACUUCCUGGCAAACGAUGGUUCAAGGAUAACUUUGACGCAGGUAUAUAAAAUAUGAUUAGUAAUAAUUCAUUCUUAAAAACGAAAUUUUAUCCUUUUCAUACAACCCCUGUCAUAUUUGCCUUAUCACCCUAAAUUAGCCACUGAACAAUUUUCAUUUGUACAGUUAAGUUGACUGAAGAGCUUGUGACAGAUAUGAAAGCUCAAGGACAAUAAUUUCUUAAUUAUUAACAAAAUAAUCUAUCUGUCAGUCUCUGUAGAUAUCAUUUAUAUAUAAUAGAGAUAUCUGAGAAAUAAGUUUGAAACCCUUAUGUAAACUCACUGUUGUUUUUGUUCAUUUUUCAGCUUUCAUAGAAGAGAGAGCGAGAGGAUUACAAUUUUUUAUCAACAAUGUGAUGAAUCAUGCUCAAAUUUCUCAAAGGUACUGUUAAGACAGGUGUCUUAAUAAUUUUCAAAUAAUAUAUUAACCCUUUAAACCUUAAGAUCAAAAUUUAAAUUCGCAUUUGUUGCCCCUAUUCAUUUCCAACAGAAGUAGUGGGAAGAAGUUGAUAAAAUAUCAAGCACAUUCAUCUUGUGUGAUCAUGUCUGUAAUUCACAUGACCACUCUCUUUUACAAAGCAUUGAUAUCACAGAGAGAAAUUUGAUGCUGAUCACUGUACUCUUAGGGCUUAAAGGGUUAAGACCUCCGGAUUAAAUGAAGGUUUUGUCUGGUUGUCUGGGCCCAAUAGAUUUUGUUGCAGGGCAAGUAACUUUAAAAGCUUACUUGCCCAAUGAUCGAGGGUUCAGGCAAGCCAUCCUUUAAGACGAGAAAGAAGUGGCCCCAGGCAGGCAAAAUGUAAGAGCUGCUAGCCAUGCAGGGUAGGGUUCUAGGAAUUUGGCAGGGGCAGGAUCAUGUACUUUUGCUGUCAAAAAUGUAAAGGUAAAGAGUCCUUAUUUUAUGUCGGUAGCUUGAAAUAGUCAUCUGACUAACAAACCUGAGGCCAAUGGUGCGCUCAUUUUACCCCCCUCUCUCUAUCCGUGCUCCAUUUUAUGGGUAUUUAAAGCUACUUUAAGCUACACAGAAAGGAAAGAAGUCAAAAGAAGGAUUUGUGGUCACACCUGGGAAUUGAACUCAGGACCUCCUGCAAAGAAGACCACGCACAAACCAACUGCGUUAAUCCUUCCUCCUGGAGAUUGCUCUGCUAGCUUGCUUGGUUUCCUCCCAUCCUCCAACAUCCAUGCAUGGUCUCUAAGGGUCAUGUUGACAGGUGUCUGGAGGUGAGCUGUGCCAGGCUGGUUGCCAUGAUGACCUGCUUGCCUCUGAAGUAGCCACAAGGAGCUUGGAGUGUUAUUGUAUUUCAGGCACCCCUUUUGAUUAUUAUUCUGCCACAUAUUCUUAAAUAAGGUAUCAGUGGCAGAUUCAGAUCUUCAAUUAUAUGAAUGUAGGGGUUAACUCAUCCUAUGAUAAGAUGGGUGCCUGGUCUUGAAAAUUAAUUUCCUCGGCUCCUUGGCUUCAGUUUGACCUUAAAAAUAAGUUGGGGUGAAGGGGGGUGUGGGGGUGGGUUCAGACCCAACCCCACCCCAGGCCCAUCUCCUGGAUAUGCCACUGGUUGGAAAAUGUAAAGUCAAAAUUAAAGACAUGAAAGAGGUAAUAAGUUAACUCUAGACUAAUAGCAAUAUUGAUUGUUUCUUUACAGUAUUGAAGUGCAGGAGUUCUUCUGCUUGAGUGAUCCUCCUGGACCAUAUGAUAGCUUGGAAGAGAGUCGGGUACGUUUUCAAAGACAGCAAUGUUCCUUUAGCUUUAAAUUCUCAUCUUCUAGUGGCAGUUGGCACUCCUAGGCAUUCAUCAUACAAACGUAUUUGUUGAGCAUCUGAUGUUAUGCACUGGUGUCAUUUUAAUCAGCAUCAGCAUUUUAUAAGUUCUCUAGAAAAUUAAGCCCUUUUUGCUCUUAGAUCAACUUUUCAAUUUACAUUAAUUUUAAAAAAAUGCAAAUAUCCCAUUGUAUACAUUGACAUAAGAAAUCCUAUAAUUAGGGGAAGUGUCUUAACCAGGUAAAGUGGUUAUUCUUCAUGAUGCUUCAGCUUAUUGAAAGUGCCCUUGUUGUUAGUUAUCAGAUCAUCUUUAUCAUCGCCAUCAUCAUCAUCAUCAUCAUCAUCAUUACUGUUAUUUUUAUUAUGAAUAUUUUUGUUUUAACAGAUGUAUUUCCCUUUUAGCUUGGUUUGGUAGUUCUCCUAAUUUUUCUGUUAAUGUGAUGAUUCUUUAAAGAACUGUUUCUUUUGAAUUUUUUCGUUUUACUUCUACAUGACUGCAUAUUUUAUAUAUAUAAAAUGACCAAACUAUUAUAUGGAAAAAGUCACUUGAGAACAUCACAUGAUCUGAAAUAAGUAAACAAACAACCCAAGCUAAAAAGGCCUACUGACCAAAGUUUGUUUAUUUGUUUUUAAUAGGCUUAUUGUCAUCACUUGGAAGAUCAAGUUGAGGACUUGAAACAGAAGGUGGAGGAACUUACGGCAGAGCUAAAAAUAACAAAGUCACAGCUGGUUCAAGCUAGAGUACAACAGGAAGCUUUAGUGAGCGCUUUAAGAUCUGAGCGCAGUCUAAGAAAGAAAAAAUCAACAGAAAGCUCUCGUAAUUCAGCUGAUGUUGAAGAGCUUAUGGAGAAGAGUGAAAAUUUUGCAAAUGUGGAUAGCCUUCGAGGAAAGUUUUAUCACCUGUUGCAUAGUGAUCAGUCUAGUAGCAAGGGCGAAGAAGAUAACAUUAGUGGAAAUGAAAGAGAAAAGGACAAAACAAUUUGGCCUGGAGGUGUUGAGAUUGUAGAGCACUCAGAUGGAACUAAUAGAAUAAGGCCUUCUCAACUGGUGAGGCGGAUUUCACAGGAGGCACAAAACCCUCGAACAUCUACUCCUGCAUCCAGUCAUAGCGAGAGUUCACAGCCAGCAUUUCUCGAUGAAGAGAAUUCAGCAAAGAAAGAAUUAGAAGAAUCUGAUAAUAGCAGUGAAAAAACUAACGAUGCAAAGUCUGCAAGCAAUAUUCAAUUGCCUGAAGAUCAGGUCACAACAGAGGGAACUAGUCAUCAGGAAGAUUUAAGAGGUGCAUCCAGGCGGAAACCAAAAAAGCGUUCCAGUAAAAGAGAUAGUGGAAUAAGUGUUGAUGUUUCUCCUACACCAAGCACAUAAAGCUUAUUUAUAACUCUUUCAAAUGAAAAUAAGUGGAUAUCCACAGGACCUUUAUUUGCUUGAAGGGGUUACUCAAGGUUUAUGGUGACUGAUGGAAAGGUACAGACAGCUUUUCUGGUUCUGAAAUUCAGGAUUUUGGGAUUUCCUAUGUUAACAAAAUUUUGACUUUGCCUAUUUUUGUUGUCACUUCAAAAAAAAACCAUUAAAAAAAUUAUUUUUAUGAAACGGAUAUUUAAAACAGUUACAUUGUGUUGUGUUAAAGCUUGGUUCAGGUGAUUUUUUUUUUCACUUCAAAGUUUGUGUGUUUUGGGGCCUUAACACUUGCUCUCUAAUAUAGUGAGUCAAGGAGGGUUGACUUGAGCCUGUGGACAUUCAAAGUUAAUUUGUUUGCCAGUUCUUUGACUAGGUGCUGUUUGUUUUUCAGCACUUCAUUCAAAAUGAAAUUUGGAAAAUUUAUGGCUACUUUUUUCUUCAAUCAUCAUAAACGUAGCGUACCCCUUCCCCCCUGAGUUUUGCACUUAAUGAAGGUGGAAUGAAUUGUUUGAGGGCUUAGAAUUAUGCUGGUGCCUGCAUAAUUGUGGGUGUUCAGUUUAUUUAAUUUUCUGUGCGAAUGGUACCAUGCAAGAGCAUUAGUGAAUAGGCCCUGGAUUUCACACUCAGAUUCAAAAGUAAAGACUAUUUUCAUGUAUUCGUAAUUGUACUGACUGUGAGUAGUUAUAUAAUAGGAUUAAUAACUUAAAUACAGUGUGUGACUGUUAAUGGCCAAUAAGUCAGUUAGAAGCAGUGGGCAAACACAGUAAUUAUUAUUGUCAUUAUUGUUAUACAAACUGGUGCUUUGAAUUUAUCCAAGUAUCACUAACAUACGUAAUAAGUGUUCCUGUAUGUUGCUGGCGUGCACUGUUAGGGCGAGAGCAAAAAGGUUAGGCGGUAGAAAAAAUGGUUCCUUAACUCUCCCUCACCCUGUCCCACCCCUUUUUUGCUGUGGCCCCAACUUACAGCACGCUUCUUUCGUAUUUCUCGACUGGGAGGUCUCGCUGCUCAAAUACUAAAGGGCGUGUUUGUUAGGCAAGAUUAAAGUUCAGCAGUGACGUUUUAGUGACUGUUUAUCUCGAUCGACUUGACAUAUUUCCGUUGAUGUUGAAAACUGUUGUGAGUAUUCUAGACCGGCGUUUACUCCAUUGGAGGAGGUGAAGGUUUAAGUUUGUCGACGCAACUUUAAUAUAGCUUGAGCAAAAUUAGGUAGAAAUUUAUAAUAAUUGUAAUAGAAAUUUACUAGAAUGUAAAGUUAAGAAUAUGUA